GGUUGGGAUCGCCAGGGACGGUGCAGCUGUUUGAUCGGAAGCCGAUGUGUUACCGAAAGCUACCGAAGAAUUCCGAUCGAACCCAAUCAAUUGGUUAAUGAGGUCACAUGGCGAAGUAAAUGGUCGAGGAUUGGACCUCUGUACAUGACGAGCGGCCCAGCAAAGUUUGUUCCCAUAACAGCAACAGCGGCGAACAAGGUUGAAGCUUUCAAAAAUCGAACGCGAUUGUGCCGAGUGUUAGAGAAAUCAGCUCCGUGAAGGGUUGAUUCGGAAGAUCCAACACCGGCCAUGGAUUGUGUGAACUUUGCAGGCUAACUAUAUUUUCUACGCCGCCACAUAUGCUUGUUCGGCAAUCGACGAUUUUGGUUCGGGGACCUUGAAUUGCAUGUGGGAAGGCAGGCGAAUAAUUCUAAUAUCUUGCGUUUACUGAGUGCCUGUGGAAGUUCAGUUGCAAAUUGCGGACAAGUUGACUGUGAAUGUUACUCCUUCUAAGCCCUAUAAAUGGGCUGUGCUCCUAGCAUACACGUCUCACAAUCUGGAGUAUUUUAUUGUAGAGACGAAAUUCGCGAAGGAUCAAGCCCCAGACCAAGAGCAUCUUCACCAAGUGAAAUUGUCGGCCAUAUUCGCACUAGUUCCGACUCUGGUUCGCAUAUUUCUACGUCGUCGUCUUCUCGCAAUCGUGGAAGUAACAAAAAGGGGCAAAAUUCACACAGAGGCAGUUCAAUUGAAGCAGAAACACAAACUUACGACCCGAGGAGUAUGGAGAGCCCCAAGAAUGAGAGAAAAGAAAUUUUACUUGGACCUAUGAAGUUAUAUCAGGCACAGAUGCAGAUCAUGCUGGUGUUUUCAAAGGAAGAUGCACAAACUGAUAGCUUUCUUCAUGCAGCAGAAAGAGGUGGAUAUCUUUGUCAAAUAUGUAAGACAUCUGAGGAAGCCAUGGAACAGUACAUCAAUGUACAGCCAGAGGUGAUAUUUAUUGACAUGAGGGGAAAUUCUGUAAUCGAUGGAGAAGCACUUUGCAGAAUAAUAAGAGCAAAGGGCCCCAGAGAGAACUCUAUAAUAAUUGCUGUUGUUAAAGGAAGUAAAAUGAAAUCCCACUGUCUUCGCAAAAUUUUCACAUGUGGCAUCUGGACGGAUCGCAGCCCACGUAGUGACGAACCCUUGAUGCUUCCUCUGUUGAAGGCGGGAUUUGACAAGCGUUUUGUGGAGAACGCCAAUGUUGGGGCCUGUCAUAAUGAGCUGUUAAUGUUGGAACAUGGAGAAGUCCAGUCGAUGUUGAAACUUCGGGCAACUAGCUGUCUUUUCAGUGCAAUUGAGAACUGUCAGGAUGCUGUGGAGAUUACCAGCCUGGACCAUGAUAAGUCUGAAUUACAGGUAGAGUAUGUUAACCCUGCAUUUGAGAAAAUGACUGGUUACUGGAGGUCAGAAGUUGUUGGACAUCCUCAGACCUUAGGGAUGAAUAGUGAACAUGAAAAACCUGAAUCAUAUGAAUCAAUACAAGCACUACUGAAGAAAGGGAAGCCGUGGGAUGGCAAAGCUUUUGCAAAAAAGAAAAAUGGGGAGAGCUUCUUACAAAGUGUGCACAUUAUUCCAGUUAUUGGAAAAGGAGGGAAAGUUGCACACCAUGUGACAAUCAAAAGAGAACUUACUCAAAACAACCCACUUAAUCAAGUCAAUAUGAACAUGGAGCUUAACAUGCACAUGGAAUCAGUCAGCCAAUUCAACUCCACUUCUAACAAAAUGCAAAUGUACUCUUCAGGAGGUAUACUUACUAGACGACAAUCUACAACAACAACAACCAAAAUAGAGGCACCCAUUACAAAAGUCAUAAACAUGCUGUCAGCAGCUCAAGAAAAUAGUCCGAUGUCUGUAGUGCAGGCAUUAGAUAGAGUGCUAGAAAUAUUACGGACAGCUGAAUUAUAUUCACCAUUCACCACAACAGAGGAAGACCCAAUGAAUAAUGAACUUGUGGGAGGUCUCAUGAGCAAUGGCCGAAGGAGACCAUCCUGUGACGUACCUAAACCAAGUAUGAACUUAUUCUACACAUUUGGCCGAGGCCAUAAGGAAUCCACCCAAAGCAAUGUACGGACUCCGAUCUCACACCUGCAGGAGGCACCCCCAGAAGUUAUCGCUGCUAUGGUUGACGAGGCAGACUGGGACUUUGAUAUUCUCAAGUUGGAAAAAGCCUCCAAUCACAGGCCCUUGUACUUUUUGGGAACAAAGAUACUCAACAGGUUCAGGGCCUGUGAAGCGCUCAACAUUUCAGAGGAUGUUCUUAAAAACUGGUUACAAUUAAUAGAAUUAAAUUAUCACUCAAAGAACGCUUAUCACAACUCCACGCACGCGGCAGAUGUGCUUCACGCCACAGCUGUGUUCUUGGCCAAAGAAAGAGUCAAGGCUGUCCUUGAGCCCCUGGAUGAAAUAGCCUCGUUAAUAGCAGCUGUUGUACACGACGUAGACCAUCCUGGGUACACGAACUCGUUUCUUUGUAACGCAGGCAAUGAGCUUGCCAUUCUCUACAACGACAUUGCAGUUCUGGAGAGUCAUCACGCUGCACUGGCCUUCAAACUUACCGCACGUGAUGAAAGGUCCAACAUCUUCAAAGGACUUGAUAUGGAUGAGUUUCGUACGAUUCGUCAAGCGAUCAUCGACAUGGUGAUGGCAACAGAAAUGACGAGACACUUUGAGCAUCUUUCAAAGUUCGUCAACUCUAUCAAUAAACGGCGCUCUUCAAGUAUGGACGAGGUCCACUCAGUGCAUAGUGGACGUGGUACACCAGAUUCCACGGCGUCUUCGGCUGUAGCCCUUAACACACCAGAAAACCGUACGCUGAUUAAAAGGAUGUUAAUCAAAUGUGCAGAUAUCGCCAAUCCCGCACGGCCACGGUAUCUGUGUAAGGAGUGGGCCUACAGGAUAGCAGACGAGUACUUUUCACAGACGGACGAGGAAAAGAGGCGUGGUCUACCGGUUGUUAUGCCUGUGUUUGACAAACAGACGUGUAAUGUUCCAAGGUCACAGGUUUGGUUCAUAGAUUACUUUGUAAGCGAUCUUUACGACGCCUGGGAUGCUUUCGCUUUUGUACCGGAGACCAUCAGACAUCUUACAGAUAAUCACGAAUACUGGAAAAAAGCAGCGGAAGACUGGGAUGCCGCAGCUCGUUCUCCCUCCGGGGGCGCCAGUACUUCCGGUAACACUACUUCCGGUAACACAACUACCAGCGCUUCAACGAAAAAUCCCGCGUCCACGUCUACCACUUCGUCCGAACCUCCUUCUUCGUCCAGCACGUCUCUCACCUCAUCAUAGUAUGUUGUCACGGUAGUAAGCUCUCCCUGAUGUCUUCGUUCUCCUAAUGUGCGUAUUAUAAAUAUUGUACACUUGUUUUAUACGAUCAAACGCUUCGCCGUCCAACGCGUGUCGGCAUUAUCUGCAAAACUGUAGCAUUCGCACGCAGUAUAGAAUGUUUUAACGCCACUGCAAUCAGUAUGUUUCUUUGCGAGUCAUCUCCUUACCCUCUUUGUGUAUCGAGUGACUUUGUGCGUGACCAACACAUUGCGUGACUCUGGUAACGCAAGUUAGUUUAACCAUGAGGUGCUGUAAGAUUUUGUAACGCACCGCUAAAUUUGCACCUUUUUCGUCGUUCCAUUUAUUUUGCAAGGUUUCUUUAAGAACGGUUCAUACAAAGAGCGUAACUUGCGUCACACUGGAUUUUCUUAGUCAAGUGUAUUUUUCAUCUGCGACCUUGUGUUGACUGUAAAAGCUCUUCUUUCUUUAAGUUAGUUAAAGUAGGCCAUAGUCGGGGCACCUUACAUAACUAUUUAAUUACAAGAGAGAAAAGAGUACCUUCUACAUAUAUAAGAAAAAAAAGACAAAUUGUACAUAGCGUUUUUUCCCAGCGAGGAAAAAUCCCUAGAAAAUUAUAAAGUAUUAUAUUUAUUUCCGUUGACCAACCCAUACCUAAAUCUGUUCUUAUGAAAUGAUGUAUUAGUUUUGGUAGAACAAAACAUAAAUGACAAUGGCGUUCCCGAAGCUGCACUUCUAUAGGUCAGUGGCUUCGGGAGCAAUAUUGAGAUUAGAAUUGCGAGCUCAUUGGCUGAUAUCUUUCAAGCUCGCUAUUAAGUAGAUUAAGGUAUGACGCUUCUUUUCAUUAACUGCGAAGUCGCGCCACUUGUUCACAAUGUUUUUCUUUGGAAGAAGUUACGUUUGAUUUCACGAAGUUUCAAAUUGUUUAGUGCAUGGUUGGAAAAACUAACAAGGCGAAGCUCUCCCAAGCGUCCAAAGUGUAUGGCAAACAGAUAUUUAAGUUUUCAGUCAAAGUAAAAUGUCAUGAAUUCGGUGGCAGAUAGUGAAGAGCGUUCCCAACAUUCCUCGACGACACUCGCAGUUAUUGAAAAGAAGUAGCUUAGUUAAAAGAUUCAGACCCACGAGCUACUGGCGCUUUACGUUCGAGUGGCGAGUGAGGCUGGAAUCUAGUGUUGAUUCUUGUGCAAAGUCAGGGGAACAAGUGCUGACUGAAUGACUGAUCCCGCGUUCUUCGCCCCUUAGCUUAGAAACGUGACGUAACUUGAUUCCGACAAGCUGACUUGACGACUUUCCAAAUGUGAAGACUAUUUACGAUUGCCUCCCGGCAAGAAUCGUAAACUCUGGGACAUUUAACGACGAUAUACCGGAGUAGGUUCCUGUUCCUUUGACUUGACACUGAUUUGAAUUUGUAAAUGACGGUAAUUCAGAAAUGCUAUGUUUAUUCCUUACACUUAGUUUGGUGGUCAAAACGGAGCACUUGGUUUGCGCACUGAGCUAUAAAAACAAGACGAAUGUUUUCUAGCUAAAAACGGAAAAAAAUUCUUUAAUGUUGUCGUUUUUAUGGGAAAAGGGUAUUCGUGGCUUGUCCUUUUUAUCUUGUUUUCUCAAAAUAGUCCUUCGUCUUCGUUGCGUAGUGCUCAUACAGUUCAAAACAAAUUAUUCUUAAUUUAUUCUCGCUGUCAAUGUGUUUUAUAGAAAGGCUUUUGGUGAAACUCAUUUACUGGGGAUUAAAUUCUUUUUUCUAAAUCUAAUGACUGGGGAUUUGUAAAUGGCCUGCCUGCUGGACGAAACUCAGGAAAUAUUUGUUUAGUUCACUGAGAUGAAACUUUUCGUAUUAUAAUUUUUCAUGUCUUUCUUUUAAAGGUUGCUUCGGACCUACUCGAGAAUACAUAACCACUUGAAAGGGCCUUUGGCUCAAUCUGUGAAUCUCUCGCUUUAAUCUGCCGUAGCAUUAUGUUGCGGAACGAGUUCUUGUCGGUCAAUUUUUUUUCCUAAAAGGGCUUUAACAAGAUCUUUUUUUUUUUAUGAUCAUCUAUUAGCUAUGGAACAAACGUGGUAGAAAAAGUGAGAGCAAAUUGUAUGAAAAACUAACUUUCGCACUUAUUUCACCGCUGUUUAGCCUGUGAAUUUUUGCAAACAUAUUUCUAACUGCCUUAAGCCCUGUUAUUUAUAAUUUGGCCUCGAGGUGUUCAAAGAUAGUUCAAUUUCUUAGUACUUACUGUAUCCCUCUUCAGGCCAUUUAGUCUGCCCUUCCCCAACUUAAGUUCUAAUACGGUAAAGGGAUGUUCACAUAAGAUUAUCAGGCGUCAGUUAUUUACAGUUCCUCUCUUGGUGUAAAAAGAAUGAGAUAAGAGGUUAAUUUCUAUGUCAAUGUGACAUCUUGGAAAAAAAAAAUUGCGCGGCGCUUGGUGAAAAUGAUGACGUUUGAGGAAUCUCUGAGAUAUAACGUAAAGUUGCCCCCUCCCCACCCCUCUCAAUAACACCACCUAGAGGAAGGAAGCUUUGUGACGACCCAUAUACAGUUGCUAUGGCGACAAAGGCGAUCACCUGCCAUGAAAGGGAUUGUACUCUAACGAAAACUAAUUGCGAGGCAGGUGUAAAUAGAAACAUCUCCCUCGUCGAAGGCAGUUCUUUGGUUGUGAAAUUGUUGCGUUUGCAGACGCCGCCUGUAAUGUAUGUUUGAACAUCUCAGACCGAAUGAAACGAAACUGGUCCGAAAAAAUCUUUGAGCAUUUUCACCAAGAGCCUUGUAGAAAAUAUUUACAAAGCAAGACAAUUUUAAUUUGUAAAACUCUUGUACACACUUGUUGAAUGUUAGGUAGCUCAGUUGUUCAGUUGUACAGUUUUGACCGAAUCAUUUUAAUGGGCCGACAUCUGUUGUCCAGUGUCUUGUGUAUAAAAGUAUAAUUUUCAUAAUACAACGAGAAUAAUGAUAAUAAUAUAAGAAGUUGAUUACCUGAAGAUAUCAGGACAUUGAAGUUAUUAUAUCAUGUACAAAUUGUUUGAUAAAUCUUGAGUAGCUUUUUGGAUUUCUCUUGAACUGUUCCGCGUGAACGUAAAUUAUGUUGUUUCUUCCCUAGAUUACCUUCUGUACAGUUGUUUUAGUUUUGAAACUCUAGAAGUGGACAUUCUUAUAGAAUAGAUAUGAAUAAAAUAAGUUAUUGGAAUCAUGGCA